GCCCAACCCCCCGCUCGAUCCCUUCAAAACUCUCAACUCGAAGGCGACUUCUGCUGACACCCGACAACAACAAUGUUCAGACGUCCCCCUCAUAACUCUUCGGAAGCCGUUCUGGUAGCAAAGCUUGAUUCAGUAAAACCUCUCUUGAGGUUGAUCUCCUCGGAGAUUCCAUUGCGAUAAUGUCAACCGAACCAACGCCCCCAGAGGAUGAAUCCUCGGGGGACUCCAACACUCAGACCAUUUUCGUUUCUUCAAAUGACAAAGCGGUCACGAAGCUCUGCGGUAUCUGCUCUAAAAUCCCGGCCUGGUUCUGGACCCGUGAACUUGAGAACGACGAGGAGAUUUCUGUCGAGCUACAGCCAUUCAAGGAGAUGCAAACUGAAGCACAAAAUGGCUGCGGUCUAUGCCAACUUCUGUGCUCCGAGGAAUACUAUAAUGAAUGGGGCUACGUUUUAACAAAUACCCUCUUAGAGUUAGGAACAGGCAAACUGGUGAAGAACCGUAAACGUGGAUUUAUUCCAAUUCCAUCUCCAUGGCGUCCCUGCUCCCCUGCCGCAGCAGAUGAGAAAUCGGAUCUCAUACUCAUUCAGGACUGGAUUGCCAAUUGCCAACUCCAUCACACAAAUUGCAGCAACGUCACCAAGGAUUUCCUACCAACCAGGCUGCUGGAUGUUGAGGCGUUCAGCAACGGAAGAUCGCCUAAACUGGAAGACGACAUAAAGCUAGUUCGCUCUGCUUCGGGCCAAAUUCCAAAAGAAGGACCCGCGCCCCAAUAUAUUACGUUGAGUCACUGCUGGGGACCGCCAGAGAGACGUCCUAUUACCACGACACAGGCAAACCUCCCUGUCAGAAUGGAGAGAAUCUCUUUUGCUGCACUUCCUAGGACAUUUCAAGAUGCAGUUGUUCUAACAAGAAAGUUAGAACAACGGUAUCUUUGGAUUGAUUCUCUGUGCAUCAUCCAAGACGAUGAGAAUGAUUGGGCCCAGGAAGCUUCAACGAUGGCGGAUGUAUAUACGCAGUCUUACUGCACGCUCGCCGCUCUUAGCUCUGGGGAUAGUACAGCGGGGCUGCGCAAGAAGACUCAAACGAACCCAGACAUGUUAAUCGAUAUCAGCGCGAAUGAUGGCCAUAACGAGCCGUUUAAUGGACGUCUUGUAUCCAAUCCGAACAUUUGGGACUCCGAAUAUGACGGCUGGUGGGUGUCGGAACCAACAGGCACAAAGUAUAGGCCGAACAAUCCCCUCCGAUACCGUGCGUGGGCGCUUCAGGAGAAAGAACUCUCCACCAGAGUCGUUCACUUUGGCUUUCGCCAAUUGUUAUGGGAGUGCGGCGAGCUCGAAGCAACUGCUCAACUGCCCUGGUAUCAUGCGGUGCGCAAACGCACCAGAAGACGCCCCCAAGGCUCCAUCCUAUCUAAACCUCUAUCCUAUAGGAUGACUGCUAGGUGGCUGAACAUAUGCGAGGACUAUUCUAGCCGAUCCCUGACUAAGGAGACCGACAAGCUCGUUGCUCUUUCUGGCAUUGCGCGAUCUUACCAGAAAUACUUUCCUAACGACAAGUACAUGGCCGGACUUUGGAGCUCACACCUGCCGCUAGCAUUGCUUUGGGAACGAACUGGUUUUCCCAAAGACAGAUACACCACAGAAUAUAUCGCCCCGAGUUGGUCCUGGACUCAUCCGGCCACCAACAUAUCGUUUGAAAGGAUUAACCUUCAAAUACUGACUCGAAAGAUGGGCAGAAAUAAACCGGACAAGUGGUUGGACGAACUAGAGGUGGUGGGCUUCAAAGGACAGCCCAAGCACGGCGAUGAGUAUGGUGCUCUUGAGGAAGGUGUAGCUUUGGAGCUAAAGGGUGCUCUUCUUUUUGAAGCAGACGCGGGGCAAGUUGAUACAUGGGCCAGUAUACAUCUCUAUAAGAAUGGCGUGAAAGUUGGAUAUUGUGAACCAGAUACCGUCUCUGGUCUAGUUGAGGCACAAUUGAACGGCGCCAGAUAACUCUGAUCUGAGGAGGACCGUCGGACGUAUCACUCUACCAUACCAUAUCGAGUAUGUAUCUAUCUUCUCCUUCGUCAACAUAUCAGGAUUAUCACCAUCCUCCGUCCUGAAUGACGACAAGUUCUUCGGUAUCAACCGUUCAAGACAAUGAAGCUCUAAUAAAGCCAAGAGCCGCCCGUCGAAAAACAUGUCGAGUAACAACAUCCGAACGACCUCUCAUGAGCGAAGCCUACCU